AUGUCUCUGCCUCCCACUGUUCGCUUCCCCGAACGUCUCCUGAAUGUCUGGAAAUGGGUCGUACUUCAAUUGAAGCAAUGGACUCGUCAAUGCGAACGAGCCCACUUGGGCAGGCUGCUUGGGAUGGUGCUCAACGCGUUCCGUCGCCUAUCUGAGCUCAGAGUUUCGGGAUAUGAAGCGACACGCUCUGCAAAAGGAAUUGACGCACCUUCGCAGCCUGCUAACUCGCUGGUAGUCCUUCCGACGGAGUUGCUCACUCUGGUUUUGGCCGAACUUGAACUGAGAGAUUUGCGGCGGGCUCGCUGCUCUUGCAGGUCUCUCUACACCGCGUCAAAAUCGCGUGCUAUCUGGCUGCGUCUUUUCUGGCAACUUUCGGACCCGUAUGUCCUCCCGAUUAUUCCCCCAAGACCUCUGGAGACCUAUGGCGCCGCCGAACUAGAGUCGAUGGUAUUGCAGUGGACUCGUGUUGACCAUGGAUGGUCCUCGUGCUCGAUACGACAGCAACCUCCUCCUCAGCGUAUCCUGGACCACGAUUGGCCAAAUACACCCUUCGCACUAAUUGAAGGUGGUCGUUGGCUUCUUACGACAGACAAAUGUGGCUCCGUGUUGGUACACGAUUUAGAUUCACCCUCUCUUGCAACUGGAACACACGUCCUUAUUCGACCAGAAGAUAAACGGGACCACGUUUAUAUCUCCAAGAUGUCUGUCUGUAUCGAUCGAUCCUCCCCUACCUUAGAAUUUAAUCUAGCGCUUUCACACGACUACGGUGGGGGUGUCUUCAAUUUCUUCGUCCUUCCCAAUGCUUAG